AUGCCCCCGGAAACGGUGCCCGUUGCAGCUUCAUAUGAGACCCCGUCAAGUCCCCGACGGUCAGACCUUGGAAGCGAUGCAGGCCCGGGUCUAACAUCUUCGCAGCAGCAGCUCAAUGAGUAUCGAGAAAGACUGGCCAGGGACCUAGAGCGACGGGAAUUAUCUGCGAGAGGAUUAUUGCCGCGUCCAGGAGACAAGUCUCGAGUGUCACCCAUCCCCGAGGAAGGACUGUCGAGUCCACCUCCUCAAACCUCCAUGUUGACUACCACAUCCACGGAGUCUGGCGCUACCAUCCGUGGUCCCACGACUCCUGCAGCUAUUGCUGGCACUCCAUCAUACCCCUUCCCUAGGAUGGCUCCCGCCGGCUUCAUACCUUCGUAUCUGCACAAACCCUUCACCACACUCUCUCCGACUGGCGCCCCACGUCCCUCGAAUUUCCCCUCGUUUGAGUCCAUGGUUAUGGGUGCCCAAGACAAGGUGCUUUCUGGAAACUCGACACCCGCCUCCAACUUCACCUUCAAUCCAUCCUUCAUGUCGCCGCAACCCGACAACAUUGAUUUCCCUAAUCCCAACCUCUACGAUCUGUCCCUGAUGCUCACUGCUGAGCCUGGCUUAGAUGCGUGGUGGAACACGGUUGUUCAGAUUAUGAAGGAUGUCUACAAGGCUGAGCGUGUUACAUUGGCAGUACCAGCGGAUACAACAGACAUCGAAAAUGUCCCAUGGGGCCAGAAAGCCACUUACAACGAGCACAAGGAAGAUGACUUGAGCCUCGGAUACAUGGCAAAGCAGGGUCAUGAUAGUGUCAUCCUCAGCAGCGACCAGGGUCGGUCCGAGGGCAUCAUGUCAAACCCCGAUGACACGCUCAAGGUUAGUUCUGCUGCUCGGCCCGGAUUAUUGAGUCGCCACUCCUUCACCUCCUAUGAAGAGAACAAGGAGAAAUCCCAGGAUCGGUCACCCGCGCCCUCUCGCCGGCCUUCUUACCUCACAAGGAGCCAGAGUAACUUGCCACCGAGCCGCUUCGUGAAAGCGUCAUCGGAUGAUUAUGCCCCGCUUAACAAGACAUCUCUUGAUGAGCACGAUGCUAAUGAACAACACAUCCCGAGCUGGGAAGCCCCUCUCAGGGCCGAGAAGGAAGGGGAGGGCCGUAUGCUACCUGUUUUGCAGGCCCUUGACUAUGAAGCAGACCCCCUUAUCGACCAUAGCGGCGUUAUGCGAGUGCUUGAACGUGGAAAGACGAUUGCACUCACACGAACUUACCCAUAUCUUGCCGACCAAGUUUCCGAGCAGGUCAACCAACAAAAGUCUACUUCGAAAGACAACGCUUCCGACUCAUCGAGUAAGCAGACUAGUAGGCCGCGGUCCGAAUCGUUUUCGAAACUAUCGUCUAUUUUCAGCGUGGCCACCGCCUCUCGUGUGCCCACUCGGAGCAAAACUCACUCAGGAGAAAGAGCAAGGGCAAUAGCUUCGCGCCUGGAGAGCCGACUGGAAGAAGAUAGGCCGAGGCCCCCGACCCCGAAGUACGAAGAAUUCGAACAGGCACCCCCGUCGCCCUGGUCACAAUCCCCGGCCCCUUCGCCCGCCGUCCGCGCCGACCCGAAAGAGAACCCAUUUUUUACAGACGCCAUGGUUGACGAAGAGUCCUUUAAUCCCGGCCCAGGCACGAGUGACUACAGCGGGAUGCCUCCCCCAGAAGCAAUUGGAGUUGACAAUUCAUGGACUGUGCUUCACAUCCCGUUGUCUCAUGUCCUCUUGUCGAAACCAACUCAUUUCUUUAAACUUGACAACACUGUGAUUGAGCAAAAAUCCAACUCUUGGGCCAAGUACGAAUGCCCCCCUGGCACGGGAGAAGGUGGUCGUCACACGCCUGAUAGUGUCAAGAAAGACAGACCUGCUCCAAUCGCCAUUUUAUCUAUCCUGAGCCCGAUUAUCCCAUAUCCGUCAAACCUACGGCAUUCCCUCGAGCACCUGGCACCACACAUGGCAACAAGCUUUUCCCUUUGCCGUCAUUACACCAACUUGGAGACGGAACUGGCGGGAAUGCAGCGUAAAAGACCACAGACGGCCGGGUUUGGUGCAGUCGCCGCUGAUGGACGUGCGCUGGAGAACAUGGCAUUCCUAUCUCCCGAUGACCCUGUACCUCACCAAUCCCUCGCUGGGAGCAUGACAAGCCCGAGUGAUUACUCGGCCGUAUCUAAGAGCGCAACCGUGUCUCCUCUUGGUACACCUGGGUGGGAACAAGGCUCGAUGAAUUACCUUGCCGAUAAGCGACAACAUCCAACUCCGAGCCCAGGUGGCAUCUCGCAAGGGGAGGGGUAUUUCAGUGCCAGACAAAGGGCGAUACCUGCUCGACAGGAAUCCUUUGGUCCAGGAGUUCAACGAUCUCGGAGAGGGUCCAAAGAGAACUCGCCCGUUGAAAAGCGGCAAUCUCGUUUGGUUAGCGCUUCAUCAUUCCCAGACGUGUCUGAUACUGCGAUUUCUGUUGACAAGACCGCCCGCAAUAUCGAUGAUCCUGCCGGAGCUUCGAUAAAGAGGUCGGCGCAACCAGAUGCUCAAGAAGUCAGCAUCAAAGCAUCAGGCGCCAUCAGCAUCGACGAAGCUGCCAGGAACUCGACCGAUUCAGCGAAGUCUGGACAAGAACUCUCUCGCCACGGACACACAAUGUUGCACUCGUACGGAGCAGAUUUCGCCUCUACCUUCCAAUCUCUGCCUCCAAAUUCUACACUCAACAAUAGACCCCCACCUCUCCCUCAGCCAUCUAGGAGCGGCUCAAUUACAACUGGAGCAGUCGAUAUGCCCCCUCCAUCCGAUAAGUUGAAGGGUCUUAUUCUGGAUUCGCUCCCGGCCCACGUCUUUGUUGCCCUGCCGCAAACGGGCGAGAUCGUCUGGGUUAAUAGUCGCUAUCUAUCCUAUCGAGGACAAACGGUAACCGAUCUGGCUGCAGACCCUUGGGGCAGUCUUCAUAUCGAUGACCGUGACGAUUAUUUGAAAGCAUGGAGCCAUUCCGUCCGCACUGGAGAGCAAUUUUCUAGGACCGUUCGCAUCAAACGCUUUGAUGGCACGUACCGUUGGUUUUAUGCCAGAGCGGUCGCAUCAAAGGAUAAAAGGGGCGUUAUUAUGCAGUUCCUCGGAUCAUACAUGGACAUCCACGAUCAACACAUUGCGGAGCUGAAGGCGGCGCGCCAAGAAGAAAUCGAGGCCUCAGAGGCUAAGCAUCGUUUGUUGGCAAACUUGAUCCCACAGAUCAUUUUCACUGCGACCGAGGACGAGGGCAUUACAUUUGCCAAUGAGCAGUGGCUUUCAUACACGGGCCAAAGCUUUCCAGACUCACUCGGCCUCGGAUUCAUGGAUUAUGUACAUCCUGAUGAUUUGGCAAAGUGUAGAAUCCCCACAACCCAACCCAUCUCUCCGAGUCGCAGGCGUGAGAGAAAUAGCGUCUACCGAGAAUCUGUGUCUUCCGAAGCGACCUCGACCAGCACAGUUCAUGUGCAGAAUACAACCCAAGACACUCUACCCUCCAUCCACCAGUCACUCUCUCGGAACAGCAGCUCUGGUAGCAGUUCUGUGUACGAAUGGCCGGCUGAUCUCACCGAACUAGCUCGGAAGGGCGUGAUCAAAGUUGCGAAAGACAGUGCCGGGAGAGUUUCGUACACCACCGAAGUCCGGCUGCUGUCGAAGGCUGGGGAGUACAGAUGGCACCUUAUUCGAUGUGUAGAGAUCGACACAAUUGAUUUUGGCCGAGGCGCCAGUUCCUAUUUUGGCUCGGCAACGGACAUCAAUGACCAUAAGCUUCUCGAGACAAAAUUGAAAGAAGCCAUGGAGACGAAGAGCAGGUUUCUCAGCAACAUGUCUCACGAAAUUCGAACGCCUCUCAUUGGUAUCUCGGGCAUGGUCAGCUUCCUCCAAGAUACUAUAUUGAACGAAGAGCAACUCGAUUACACGAACACCAUUCAGACGAGCGCCAACAGUUUGAUCAUGAUCAUUAAUGACAUUCUCGAUCUGUCAAAGGUUGAUGCCGGCAUGAUGAAACUGAAAUAUGAGUGGUUCCACACACGAUCCCUCAUUGAGGAUGUCAACGAGCUUGUUUCGACCAUGGCGAUUGCCAAACGGUUGGAGCUCAAUUACCUUGUGGAAGCAGAUGUGCCUGCUUGGGUCAAGGGUGACAAGGUCCGAGUGCGUCAAGUGUUAUUGAACGUUAUUGGAAACGCCAUCAAAUUCACCACGGAGGGCGAGGUCUUCAGUCGGUGCAGGGUGUACACUGAGGAGGGAACGAACGUGGACGAAGACGAAAUUAUGCUCGAGUUUGCAAUCACGGACACCGGUCGUGGAUUCUCCGAAGAAGAAGCUGAACUAAUGUUCAAGCCAUUUAGCCAAAUUGACGGAAGCAGUACCCGCCAGCAUGGUGGUAGUGGUCUCGGUCUGGUCAUCUCAAGACAACUCGCCGAGCUUCAUGGCGGCAAAAUGGAAGGCAAAGCUAUCCCCGGCAAGGGAUCGACAUUUACCUUCACGGCAAAGUUUGCGCUUCCAACAACAGAUGAUCGACCAAAUCUCCCCAACAGCCCUCAGCACACUUCAGUAUUCACUCCGAGGCCAGAGAUGGUAGGGAACGUGCCCGGAAACAUCAAGCCGCUGCCCCCGCCCAAGCACCUGCUUGCCACCGAGACCUCAACUCCAAGCCCCGAUACCGAGUUCGUCUCGCCUGUUAUAUCGACGGGGAGCUCGAACCCAUCUGUGCGUUCUAGUCGAUCACAGGCUACUGAACGGUCAUCCGCAACAUCAGUGGCUACAGGCCUGGCUCGAUUUAGCGAGGCUGCCAAGGCUAGUGGGCAAGACUUGUCUCAGAUGAAACUGGAGAUGCCUUCAGGCCGAAGCUCCCCUGGCACGAAUGUUGCGCUCUCAGACCAAUUGUCACCCGAAGACUUCCGACCGCCAAUGUAUUCGAUCCUGAUUAUCUGCCCCCAGUUCCAUAGCCGCGAAGCCACAACUGCACACAUUGAGAUGACCCUACCGAAGGAUGUACCGCAUCAACUCACGGCACUCGCGACUGUGGAGGAGGCUCAGACGUUGAUUGGGGGCGACGACCCUAUUAGGUUCACGCACAUUGUCAUUAACCUGCCCUCGGCCGAAGCCAUCAUCUCGCUGAUGCACGAAAUCACCAAGACGCAAACUAUUGACAAGACAACAAUCGUGGUUCUCUCUGACUCCGUGCAGCGGCAAUCUGUCUUGAAGCUGGCGGCCGACGCCAAAGACGAGCGGCUUCUCUCCGAGAACAUGGUAACCUUCAUUUACAAGCCGGUUAAGCCGUCCCGGUUUGCUGUCAUCUUCGACCCCAACAAGAUGCGAGACCUGAGCAUCGACCGAAACCGCUCGACGGCGCAGCAGAUGGUCGAGAACCAGAAGGCUAGCUACCUGGAGAUUGAGCGACGCAUGGGCAACAAGGGCUACAGGGUGCUGCUGGUCGAGGACAACCCUGUCAACCAAAAGGUGCUUAUGAAGUACCUCAAGAAGAUUGGCGUUGAUGUGGAGAUCGCGGAAGAUGGGGCUGAGUGCACCAACAUGGUUCUAUCCAAGCCGCAUCAAAACUACUCGCUCAUUCUGUGUGAUCUCCACAUGCCUCGCAAAGAUGGUUACCAAGCUUGCCGCGAAAUCAGGCAGUGGGAGCAAGCCGCCCGGUUCCCCAAGAUGCCCAUUAUCGCGUUGUCCGCCAACGUCAUGUCGGACGUGCAAGACAAGUGUGUUGCAGCGGGAUUUAGCGACUAUGUCACGAAACCGGUCGAUUUUAUCGACCUCAGCAGGGCAAUGUCCAAAUUCUUUUAA